AUGUUUUGGUUAGGACUUCUCUACAGAGACCAAGGUCGUUUAGACGCAGCGGAAGAACUCAUGUCCAAAGUGCUGGACAUCAGGACAUCAUUGAUGGGCGAGGAGUCUGAAGGCACACUACGGGUCAUGGAAGCUUUAGGACACGUCUACAGGACACAGGGUCGUCUAGUAGAGGCAGAGAAGUUGAUCCUGAAGGUGCUAGACAUAUGGAGAUAUACUAGAGGCGAGGAGCAUAAGUACACGACACCAGCCAGAGGAGAAUUAGGACACAUCUAUAAGAAGCAGGGUCGUCUAGGAGAGGCAGAAUAUUUAUUUCUGGAGGCGUUGGACGGGUGGAGAACCAUGAAAGGCGAGGAACAUGUACACACAUUAUGGGCCAUGGGAGAUUUAGCGGUCUUAUAUUCUGAUCAAAACAGACUAGUAGAAGCGGAGGGGCUACAACAGCGACUAUUGAAGGUGAGAAGAAAGGUGUCAGGGGAUAAACACGCCGACACUCUAACGCUAGAGAAUAACUUAGCCUGGACGUGGUGGAGGCAAGGUCGGGAAGAGGAAGCGAUUCACCUGAUGCGUAAGUGCGCCGAGGCUCGAGAAUGCAUUCUUGGUCGAGACCACGAAGACACAAACAACUCCCUCAAAGCAUUGUUGGACUGGGAGGAAAAGAUGGAGACGGAGGUCAACAGCGAGAAGGAGUCGGGGAGCGCGAGCGAAGGUUCCAGCAAGGGUGGAGAGGAAGACACGUAUACAAGUUCAUACGUACAUGUAGGCUCCGACGACGAGUCGGACGAUGGCGAAGGCGUACGCCUCUAG